GCGAGCGCCCAGGGCGCCGGCAGCCCCGGCCCGCCCUCCCCGCCCCCAACUACUCGCUCCCCAACGGAAAGUUCGGCUCCGGCGGCUUCUCGCCCGGCAGCGGGGAUGAGCCGGGGUCGGGGGGCGCGCUGAGCGGCGGCCAGGAGGGGGCAACUUCUCCCGGGAGAGCGCCUCCCGCCGGGCCCCGCCGGCCGCAGCCCCCGGCGGGCUCGAGUGGUUUUUCCCUUGCCUGUGCCUCCCCCCUGCGGAUCCAAGAGACGGACCUAGGUCCCCGCGCUCCCGCUGCCGGGUGACAAGAGCCAGCGCCGCCGCCGCCGCCUCGGCCGCCGCUCCCUCCGUCCCUCCGCCCGGCCGGCUGGCCGCUCCCGGCCGCAGCCCCUGCCCUGCCCGCCCGCCUGCCCGCCGCACCAUGGAGUUCUCGGAGAGGAAGCGGAGCAGGAAAUCCCAGAGCUUCAAACUGGUGAGCCGAGAUUAUCACCAUGAGGUCUGUAAGAUCUCAGAAUUCAGCACCGAUGUUAAUGGGAAGGCCAAAGAGACACAACCCAUUUUUUUAGGAGACGAAAGCAUGGAAAUUAAAAAACAAAUUACAGGAAUGAGAAGAUUACUGAAUGACAGCGCUGGGAGGAUCUACCAGCGUGUGGGCAAGGAGGGGGAGAAGUUGAAAGAAGAACCCCAGGAGCUGGAUUCGAUGUGGCCUCCGCGUUUGAACCCUGUGGAGGCCCUACCGAGCCUGCACCCGUCUUCCCGGGGUGCGUGGAACGAGCUACCAGCCCAGAGCGGGCGGUUCUCAGGGCAGUAUGGUACCCGCUCCAGAACCUUCCAGAGCCAGUCCCACGCCGCCGGGAGCUCCAAUGGAGAACUUCCAGUGGUGAAUUCGUCAGUUGGAUCAAACUGCUGUACUUGUAACUGCCAGUCGACGUUGCAGGCCAUUCUCCAGGAGCUCAAGGCCAUGCGGAAACUGAUGCAGAUUCAGGCAGUUGGAACCCAGAACAGACAACAACCCCCAAUUUCCCUUAUCUGCUCCCAGCGAACUGCCGUCUCGCGCAAGAGAAAUAAAAAGAAAAAAGUGCCCCUGAAGACUGUGGAACCUCUCACUGUGAAACAGAAGCCCAGUGCGUUAGAAGCUGAGAAGAAGGCGGUGGCGGCCCCCGAGAAUCCCAGUCUCCCCUCGGCCGAGCACACCUCCCCCAGGGAGAACCACAUCCUAGGAUUUGGCAUCGUACUCGAAUCACCAGCCUCUGAUCCAGAAGUGCAACUUGCUGAAGGCUUCGAUGUGUUUAUGCCUAAAUCUCAGCUGGACUCUAUACUGUCAAACUACACUCGCUCAGGAAGCCUUCUGUUUAGAAAACUGGUGUGUGCAUUUUUUGAUGACAAGACUUUGGCUAACUCCUUACCCAAUGGGAAGAGGAAAAGAGGACUCAAUGACAACCGGAAAGGACUAGACCAAAAUAUUGUGGGUGCAAUAAAAGUCUUCACAGAAAAAUACUGCACUGCUAAUCACGUGGAUAAACUUCCUGGCCCAAGAGACUGGGUUCAGAUUCUACAGGAUCAAAUCAAACUGGCCAGAAGAAGGUUAAAAAGAGGCUCAGCAGAGGCAGCUGACGGUGAUGAACGGCUGGACUGCGUUUCUCUACCCCCAACAGAUGGAGGCAGAGAGGUGUUUCAGAUGAGAAAAUUGACAUACAGGAUGGUAGAACCACCUCAUGGAACUGAAAAGAAUUUCAAGGAAUCUGAGAAAGAAGGCGUGUUAGAGAUCAUCUAGUCCCGUCCCUUCUUUUUAUCCAGUCCUUUUAUUUUACAGGUAAAAAAGCCUGAGGCCCAGAAACACUAAAUGACUUUCUCAAGGUCUUACAGCGGGUUGGUGGCCUGGCCGGAGCCCAGGCCUCUCAACUCCCAGCCAAUCCACCGCGUAGCUUUCUUACACCUUCUCUGCAUGUUUCCUAAAGAUACUAAGAGGUGACGGAUGUACUAAUCCCUUUAGGAUUCCAUCUCAGUGUCACCCCGUCUUCACAGUUAGAGUGUCUGUCAUAAGUCAGCCUGAAGUCCGCUGCAGCUUCAGCUCUCAGGUUCUUCCCAAGAAGACCCUACCCCAGGCCGUGAGGCCCUAAGGAGGACAAUAGUAGGACCCCCUCCUGCAGUUUUUUUCACUAGACUCCUGAUAGAUAUUUGAUACAAAUCACUAAACAGCAUGAUAAAUAAUACCACUUAUCACCUGGAAAAUGGGAAGAGACGUCACGGAUUGGUGCCCAAAUUUUGCAGUAAUGGAAUUAAACAAUCUUGAUUAGACUGGCAUGUCUCUGGAGUGCCUCUCACAUAAAAGCCCAGUCUGGGGCUCCUCUGAACACAGCACCACGACUUAGUCCUCCCCCCUUUUACGUGUCUCCUUAAUGAGACCGUCCGAGGGAUGAGCCCCACCUUUCUCGUCCACACAGCUUCCUCCCUGGAUUGGAGACUCACUGGCCAGACCUUCCUCAUCUGGUCUGUCUGAGCUGGCAGCCAUUGGUCCUUUUUAAAGAUUUAACAGUGCCUUUAUUACCUUAUUAAGGUCUUUUUUCUCCUCCCAAAUUCAUGCGUGUUGGGAAGGGGUGGGACGGGGGAAUAAAUCCCCAAGUGUUUCGAUGAACCAGAACCGACCAGGCCACGGUUACAGUCGGGUGUCAGAUGACAUUUAUCUCAGUCCGUUAACACUUCAGCAAACUUCUGUUUGUCUAGCUUUAACAAAAAUGGAUACAGAUUUUUCGAGUGGAAAAACAUAUUUUCUUAAUUUCUUUUCCCUCGACCCUGUCAGUAAGCGUUUUUGAGCGAUGCCAGGAGUCAGCACUGAGUUAGGUUCUGGUGAGCAAAUCCCACCCUCAGACCAGAGGCAGAGGCUACUAUAACCCAGGGGUGGAGACAGAGCUCUGAUAAAGGAGAAAAACCACCAUAAGGGAACAAUUUGGGGGGGGGGAAAGAGUACAGAGAAUAAAAUCAAAACAGUACUGAAAUUUAAAGGAGGCUUCUGGAUUUGAAAUAGAACAGUGCAGAGCGCACCUAGGCUUAGCAUUUUUUGCUCAUAAAUUGGCAUUCCUUUGCACACAUUUUAGAAAUUAAUACAGAAAAGUGUAAGGAAGAAAAUGUAAAUUACUUUUACCACCCAGAGACAACCAUUAUUGUUGGGUGUUUUUUCCCAGACUUUUCUCUAUAUUUUUUUAAUUUAUAUAAUGGAGGUCAAAUCCAUCCAAUUUUGUUUCCUAAAGUUUUGUUCUGUUUGGUUUUACCACCUAACAAGCGUUUCCCAUUUUAUUACAAAUCUCCCUACACAUUAUUUUAAUAGCUGCACUAUAUUCCGUCUUACAGGCCAUAUCGUAUUUUAUUUAGCCAUUUUCUACUCCUGGAUGAUAGAUAUGAACAUACUCUAAUAGGAACCCACAUUCAUGGGUUUUCCUGUAAAAAUCAUCAUUACAGAUUUCUAAUGGCUAAAAUUACUCAUUCGGCACACCUAAAGCCUUGGCUAAAAAAUACUGAUUUAGAGGUGAAACACAGACACCUUACCAAUGAGGUCCUGCGUCUGGCCGUGUCAUAGACAAGCGUACAACUCUUCCUUAGAGAAGCGGCCCCCCUUCACUUUCUUGUCUCUGUUGUAGGUCAUAUAUUUGACACCAGGAGAGAAAACACGGAAGACACAGAGACAGCUUUCACUGCCUAGACUUCCCUUUAGCGACACUUCUUAGCGCACGCAUCUCCUCCAUUGGAAUUUCCUCAAAGAUCCACUAGCAUUUCAGGUUACUGCAAAGUGUGGGCGUUCUGUGAAGCUGACCCGUCACGUCUGAAUAGUUUUCAUAUUCUUUCUUUGUAAUGUGUGAUAAUCAAGCCUCCAGUUUGGUCUAAGAUGUUUAAAAAUCAUCUUCAGAGUUGAAUUCUCAGCCUUUAAAUGUCCAGCGUAUCACUGGGUUGGUUCAAUGUCCAUGAAAAAGAAGCAGUUUUAUUUUCCGUUUUUUUUUUUUUUCUUUUUCAGUGUGAAUAUGGUAUAGAGUUUUGAAGUGUAUUUAUUUUAAUGUAAAUUGCUUAGUUGCAGUAUAGAGGAGAAUGGCUCUUUCCGGACCAAGGAAGCAGUGUUGAAGGCCAAACUUAAUUAGAAUCUUCAACAGCUUAGAAGAUGGAAAAGUUGUUUUGGGAGACAGGACAGCUCUGAUCUAUUAGAUGAAAUCAUUUGUGGCAUCAUUUUCUCCCCAGAAUAAUCAUUUGUCACUGAUAAGUGCAAACGAUACGUAAAUUCUUAGGAAAGAAAAAUCUUUCACGUAGGCUGUGUCAACACAGUGACAAAAUAACUAAUUAAAAGGUGAGAAGCUCAAAGUAACCAGCUAUCCACAUGACACCUGACAACUAUUUUAACAGAUGGUUUUAGCUGAGUGGGCCAGGGUUGUGGCAUCAUGUGGCAACUGGCCACAAAUGUACUUGAUCUUCUAUACUUCACAUGGCUCUGGUACACUUGCCCCCCGCUAUAUAUAAAACCAACAAGUGAAAAUGUGGAUUCAUUUUAAAGAAAUAUUUUGGGCAUGUGGGUAUUUGUUUCACAGAGAUAUUUGCCUCCAGAUUCCUUUCUCUAGUAAGGUGAUGAAUUUAAAAUGCCUGUUUAUUUGGAGGCAUUGCAUUUACACUUCGUUUAUUGUAUAAAGCAAAUUACCGUGAAGUUUUGGCACUUGACCCAAAGGCCAAAAGUUGGCUUGAAAGAACUUUGGACAGUAGAAACACCAGACCCCCGGGGCGUGGGGAGGGGAAACGCUGUGCUACCAUUUAACACACGUCCCUGGCACUUAUUUUAUCAAAUCGGAGAGUGUAAGAGCUCAGAGUUACCAUUAGUCCCACUCCCUCGGUUUGUGGUGAGGCAGCUAAGGAGGAAUGAGGAUCACGGAUGCCCAGCGCCGGGCAACAAGCCAUCAAUGGGCUAGCCAAGCUGGGAACCUCAGUUCCUGACUACCCCAUCCCAGGUACCUGUACCAUCACAUCACUCGGGGCAGCUAACCCUGGGCUAGGAGGGGAGCUCUCGGGGGAGGCAGUACCCACUAAAGACCAGCUAAUCAACCCAAGACCAUAGGAGGCAUUCCUGUGAUGUGACAAAGCUGGUCUAGGCGUGGCUUAUGGAAUCAAUCCACCUGCUAGACAGCUACAUCUCAUACACGUGUGUCUUUUAUCUUCUUUUCGGAGCCUCAAGGAAGGUUCAGAUCAAUGGUUUCCAUCACAGGUUUACCUAGCCUUUUCGAUUUCAGGCCAGUUAGUAACCCCUUCCCUGACACCAGCCUCUCUGUUCGUCAAGGAGUCUAAUGAAGUAUUGUGAACCCAGGCUUUUGUUUUUCUGCAAGAUAUGUUGUAAAAGUUGUCUUCUGCCUCUCAGAAGGAAGCCUUUCUCAAGGGAAUUGAAAAGAUUAAUUAGUGACCUUUCAACUCUGUUACAGUAAGAUGAAUACAUUGCAAAUAAAAGUAGAAACAUUUACCUUACAGCUGUGGAAUCUGUUAAUAUACACCAUGAACCUUCAAAGCACUUCCUGCCAAGACUGGGCGAGAGCUUGAAUUUUUCACUACUUGAGGGGUGGGUGGGGAUUGUUCGGCUCUCGGAUAUGUGCAAUGGAUUCAGAGAU